CCCAGCAGUCUCAGAAGGAUAAGAGCCAAGAGGACAGCAUAUAUGAACAGAUUUUAUUGGGUGACAGAAUGGGAAGUCAAAACGUGUUGUUUGUGCUGCUAUCGGGGUUGAUAAAUGUGCUGACUUCUCAGGUCGUGAAUCCUCUCUACCCAAUAUCUGGAACUGCGAGCUCUCGAUCAGAUGAUGGCAGUUCUCCACGGAUUACCUUGCAACGACCUUUUGUCUAUUUUGGACAAACAUAUAAUCAGAUUUAUGUCAACCACAAUGGACACUUGACAUUUCAAAGUCCAUGGAGCGCACACGCACCUCAAAGGUUCCCACUGAAUGCAGCCAAAGACAUCAUUGCUCCAUUCUGGACAGAUCUUGACAACAGACAAAUUGGUCAGGUCUACUACAAUCAAUACACCAGUGGCAGUGUCCUCCAACAAGCUACACGAGACAUUAAUGAUUACUUUCCAAGCAUGAACUUCAACGCAAACUGGGUCUUUGUUGCAACAUGGUAUGAGGUGGCAUACUACUCAAAUUCAGGCACACGCACAACUGUCCAAGCUGUGUUGAUCUCUGGAGGCCGGUUCUCAUUUGUGCUGAUGAACUAUGGGAUAAUAGCUUCAACGUCUCUGCAAGUGCAGGCUGGCUACGACACAAUAAACUCCAUUCACCAUUUCAUAAUCCCUGGAUCGUUCUCCAGCACUGCUACGGGCAGUAACUCAAUUUUCCGCAGAAGCAGCAAUGUCAAUUUACCAGGUCGCUGGGCCUUCCGGACAGACGACGGAUCAAGAGGCUGCACUUUCAAUGGUCAACAUGUGCAGCUGGGUGAUUCAUUCUGGAGCGACAGCACCUGUGCACAGAAGUGCACCUGCACCUCAGUGGGCCUGCAGUGUCAAAACCAACCCUGCUCAUUUUCCCAAAUCUGCCAGCCAAGUGCCUUUCAGUUCUCCUGUCAGACGGUGCAGAGAGGCACCUGCACCAUAAGUGGUGAUCCACAUUACUAUACCUUUGAUGGCACAGUGUUUCACUUCCAGGGCACCUGCACUUACGUUCUCUCUGAGCAAUGUGGUCUAGGCCUGCCGUACUAUAGAGUAGAGGGCAAGAACGAGCACCGGGGCAGCACUCAUGUUUCCUGGACACGACUGGUCAAAGUGUAUGUCUAUAAUGAAACCAUUGAGCUUGUCAAGGGACAUCGUGCUAAAGCUAAGGUAAAUGGAAACUUUGCAGCCACUCCGUUUUAUCUCAACAACGGCACCGUCCAGGUUUAUGAGUCAGGUUUUUCUGUGAUUGUCAGCACCGUCUUUGGCUUGGAGGUAUCCUAUGACACAAAUCACUAUGUCAGGAUCAGUGUGCCCUACGCCUAUCGGAAUGCAACAUGUGGCCUCUGUGGAAACUUCAAUGGUAUUCGUCAGGAUGACUUCCGAACCCGUCAGGGUGAGGUUGUGAGUUCUGAUGUGGAUUUUGCCAACAGUUGGCAAGCGACAGGGGAUGAUGAGCCUGGUUGUGAGGCGCCAUGUGGAGGUCUGGCCUGUGCUGCCUGCACUGAUGAUCAGACAGCUUUAUACAGCAAUACUGACCAUUGUGGAAUCCUCCAGAACAGUUCUGGGCCUUUUGCUGCUUGCCAUCAACAACUCCCCCCCCAAUCUUUUGUUGCGAGCUGUGUGUUUGAUCUGUGUGUAGGAGAAGGGUACCAGCCCAUCCUGUGUCAAGCCCUAAAUGUGUAUGCAAGCCAGUGUCAACAGAAUGGUGUACAGCUACCAAGCUGGAGGAGACAAGGCUUCUGUGAAAUCCCCUGUCCAGCCAACAGCCACUUUGAGCCUCAGGGCACAGGAUGUCCAGCUACCUGUGUUAACCCCAAUUCUACCCAGAACUGCCCUCUCCCUGACCAGGAGAGCUGCAUCUGCAAUUCCGGAUUCAUUCUUAGUGCUGGGGUGUGUGUCCCUCAUUCAGAGUGUGGCUGCAGCUUCGAGGGUCGCUACUACCGCUCUGGAGAAACUGUAAUACUAGACGAAGACUGUGGAAGACGCUGUAGCUGCAGUCAUGGCUCCAUGACCUGUCGCUCCCAUGGUUGUGGUCCGCUUGAAUCAUGCAAAGUGGAGGAAGGAGAAAGAGGUUGCAGACCCAACAGCUAUGCAACAUGCUGGAUCAGAGGCCCAGGGUCAUAUCAAACAUUUGAUGGACUGACAUACCAGUAUCCUGGGGCAUGUCGAUUGACCCUGGCCAAAGUCAUGGGAUUGUCUAGUCACCCCCACUUUGUCGUGACAGCAGAAAAAGUGCCCAGAGGCCAACAAGGUUUUGCACGAUUGCUUAAGUUUGAGGCACAGGGAACACACGUGUCCAUUGAGAUGUCAAGUAGCAGUAGAAUACAGGUUGACGGUCGGCGGAUCAGACUACCAUUCAGCUCAGCAUCCAACCAAAUCCAAAUAUACCACAGUAGCAUACACGGUAUCAUCCUUCGCACCUCUUUUGGUGUAACUGUGCAGACAGUUUGGCCUCACUUUGUGCGUGUCACUGCACCUGGUAUCUACAAUGGCUCUCUAGGUGGUCUCUGUGGUAAUUACAAUGGUCACCCACAUGAUGACUUCCGCACACCCAACGGCAUCCUGGUCAACAGCUCUCAGGUGUUUGGGGACAGUUGGCGAGAUGGCUCCCUGGCUGCACACUGUGUGGAAAGUGUAAAUAAUAAUUCAACCACAAAUUACAAUUCUAGUGAGUACUGUGGCAUUCUUGGCUCUCCGCAUGGGCCAUUUGUCCCGUGUUGGGCCACUGUGGACCCACAGCAGCAUGUGGAUACAUGUGUGGAGAUCAUUAGGACCUCUAGAGAUCCAGCAUCAACACUAUGUGAGGUCCUUCGAGAUUAUGCACUCAUGUGUCAACAGAACGGUGUUUCCCUGGGACAGUGGAGGAAUGCGACUGACUGUGAGCAAACCUGCCCAGUAAACAGCCACUAUCAACUCUGUGGAACCACCUGUCCUUCUGCCUGCCCCAGCCUUUCCUUUCCUUUCACUUGUGACACUGUGUGUCAGGAAGGUUGCCAGUGUAAUGAUGGCUUCGUACUCAAUGGCAACCAGUGUGUGCCACCAACAGCCUGCGGAUGCUAUCACCAAGGACGCUAUCUGCAAGGUGGUGAACAGUUCUUGGAUGGUGAGGAAUGUCAGAGUCUGUGUAGCUGUGAUGGUACCACUGGGGCAGUCCACUGCAUCCCCAACUCCUGUGGUCCCCAGGAGUCCUGCCGUGUAGUGGAGGGUGAGUAUGGCUGCCAUCCCAACCGUCAUGGCACCUGCUCUGCCUCUGGAGACCCCCACUACCUCACCUUUGAUGGCAAGGCUUAUGACUUCCAGGGAACCUGCCGUUAUGUUUUGGCGACACUUUGUAAUGACACACAUGGGCUGGAUCAAUUUUCAGUGGAGGCUAAGAAUGAGCCAUGGAAUGGGUUGCCAGUUUCAAUCACAGCUGAGGUUUAUGUAAAUGUGUGGGGCUACCAAGUUCAAAUGUCAAGGGAAAGACGUCAUAUGGUGCAAGUAAAUGGUGAAACGAGAAAUGUACCAGUUCUCUUGAAUGGAGGUCGUGUGUCUAUCUAUAAAAGUGGAUCUCGUACAUUUGUCAGUGCUGAUUUCGGCCUGACUGUCACCUACGAUGGAUCAAGUACAGUGUUUAUCUCUGUACCUUCAAAUUACAGUGGUCAGACAUGUGGACUCUGUGGAAACUUCAAUGGAAAUCAAAAUGAUGAGUUCCAGACCCCGUCUGGAAUGACGGUCUCAAAUCCAGAUGAGUUUGGGACAUCUUGGAAGGUGGCAGGAAACUACACCUGUAGUGAUGGGUGUGGUUCCUCCUGUCCACAAUGUACCAAUGAGCUUCCAGCUAGAGCUCAGUGUGAGGUGAUUCAAGCAGCUGACGGCCCCUUCAGCUUCUGCCAUGAGCAGGUGGACCCAGCACCAUAUUUCAAUGACUGUGUGUUUGAUGUUUGUGUGUCUGGAAAUGAGGGCCAAGAUCUUCUGUGCAGGGCCAUUCAGGCAUAUGUCAGUGCCUGUCAAUCUGCUAAUGUUCGAAUCUACCCUUGGAGGCAGAACACAACCUGCAGACUUGACUGUCCAGCCAACAGCCAUUAUGAGCUGUGUGGUACUGACUGUGGCCACACCUGUGCCAGCAGCAUUGAUGCCACCUGUGAGCAGGUGUGUUCUGAGGGAUGUUUCUGUGACGAAGGCUUUGUCAGGAGUGGGACAAGCUGUGUCCCUGUUGAAAGGUGUGGCUGCCUAUACGAUGGAUACUACUAUAAUGCCGGUGAGUCGUUCUGGACAGAGGGAUGCUCCCAGCGAUGUGAGUGCCACGCUCCCAAUGACCUGCGCUGCUCUGCCGCGUCUUGCACACCUGAACAGGAGUGCACCAUCAGAAAUGGCCAGUUGGGCUGUUUUGAUGCAAUGUCUACAUGCACUGUGUGGGGGGACCCACACUACAUCACCUUUGAUGGGGCAGUGGCUCACUUCCAGGGCACAUGCUCUUACAUCAUUACUGAGAGUGUGAGCCAAGGCUCAAAUGAGACGCAGUUUCAGGUAAUAGCCACCAAUAAUCACCGUGGCAACAACCGUGUGUCGUUUGUAUCAGCAGUGGAUAUAUACCUCUCAGAUCCACCAGAGAGUGCAUACAUCAGGCUUGGACCCAACAAAAGAGUACAGGUAAAUGGAAAUGAGGGGUCUCUUCCCACCACUGCAGGAAGCUUAGCUCAUGUAGAAAUGCAGGAUGGCUACAUAGUGGCCAAAGCCACCGACUUGAUAGUCCAGUUUGACGGCCAGAGUACUUUACUGGUCAGACUGGACAGAAAUCAUCAAAACAGGGUCACAGGGAUGUGUGGAAAUUUCAACAACGACCCAGCAGAUGAUAAAGUCUUGCCUAAUGGCACAUCAGCACAAAAUGACAAUGACUUUGGACACAGCUGGAAGGCGCCCACGAGCCAACCAGGAUGUGGAUCCACAGAUGAUGAGAGUGGCGAUGGUCUGAACGACUGUCACUUUAUGGACGAAUACUCUGAGCUCUGUAGUGUCAUCACCAACACCAGCGGUCCAUUCAGUGACUGUCACCUGCACUCUGACCCUCAGCCUUUUUUCACCUCCUGCGUCUACGAUCUCUGCCUCUACACUCCAGCCAAUGGCAUGCUGUGCUCUGCCGUCGCAGCCUAUGAGAAAACCUGCUCUGUUUUGGGGCUGAACAUUCCAGUGUGGCGCUCAGCUCUGCAGUGUGCUGAGUCGAACCCCUGUGAAGAUCUGGACUGCACAGAGUAUGAAUGGUGUGGUGAGAAAGACGAUGUUUACGGCUGCUUCUGUGAUGAGCACCACCACCGACCCAACAAUGAAAGCUACGACUCGUCCAUCACUUGUGUCAGUAGUUCAGGCACCAUGUCAUUGUCGCGCUGCCAGCUGUUUGAAGCUGGCUUCCACCUCGGUGCCCUUCAUCUCCGGGACGACUCCUGCAACGGGACUCUUCAGGACGGACGACUGAUCUUCCACUUCAACAAUGACGACCAGCUGUGUGGGACAGUUCUCAGGAGCAACGGGACCCAUUUCUGCUAUGAGAACACCAUCCAGGGUGACGUCGACCCUCAUGAUGGCAUCAUCAGCCGUGAGAAGAGCAUCCGCCUGCACUUCAGCUGUGUAUACCCUCUAACUCAGGCCCUGUCUAUGGAUGUGGGCAUCAACCCUAUAGAGAGCAUUGUGAACAAGAAACUUCCAUCAGGCCUGGGUCAGUAUCAUCUGAGGAUGAUCCCCUACGAGGACGCCGGCUUCCACUUCCCCCUGACCAGUAACAGCAGCGUAGAAAUGGAAAUAGACCAGAGGCUGUACAUCGAGGUGCAGACGGAAGGGGUUGAUGAACAGCAGAUCGCCACGAUUUUGGACUCAUGUUGGGCAACACCUUUAAAUGAUGCAAACUACCCUGUCCGCUGGGAUCUCAUCACUACAGAGUGUCCUGAUCCUGCGGAUGGUACAGUAGAGCUGAUACAGAAUGGCAUCUCCACUGUGGCCCGAUUCUCCUUCAGGAUGUUCACCUUCACCAACUUCUCAUCCAUCUUCCUGCACUGCCAGGUCCACCUGUGUCUUUUGAGAAACAACAACUGCCCAGCUCAUUGCUACCCAGGUUACCACACAAGGGUCGCAAGGGAUAUUUCCCUACAUGACACUGCAGCCAUCUCUCUAGGACCAUUAAUCCCGAAAUCAGACAAAUGGAUGAGAACGAGCGAUGCUUCAAGCCUUUUGAGCUCAGUGGUGACCUUGGCAGUCAGUUUGCUUACUGCCAGAAUUCUGACCUAGAUGAAUCAAAGACGGGCACAAAAACCGUAGAUAGAUGAAUGUGUACAUAUUAUGUCAAAAUAUAUUAAUCGAUCAGUAGCUCACUGUGCAUAUAUUCCAUAAUGAUUUUAAAAAAGUGAAAUGUUUUGUGAUGUGCCUGAUUCAAGAGAAAGAGAAAGAUAUUUGUUACUGAAUAUUUGGAAAUGAAUCCCGUCAGAUGUUUCUGAUUUGUGUCACGGAACCUAAACAAAGAAAUAAGGGUCGUUACAUCACUGUCACCUGUAUUGAAGUCAAUGGGAGAUGCCAGUAGAAACACACUAAAACAUAACAUUUCAUUUGAUUUUUGGUGAAGACAUGCCUUGACAAAUUGUUUGCAUUGUAAUUGCAGUCUAGUCAGCAAUAAUUGGUCAGUCAGGCCCCAUUUUUUUCACUUGGAAGCAUUUCUUCAUCUGGGAUUUGGUGACGUAAUGACCCUUCUUUUUUUUGGUUCCUUGUUUCGUGCUGCUCUAUGAGAAGACUUGGUAGUUAUUUCUUUAAACCACUAGAGGGCAGCAUAAGAUCAAAUUCACAUUUGGCUCUGAUUUCAGGAAACCUAUUUCUGCAGCUCACCCUUUUGUGUUUAGAAUGAUAAUCGGUUUCAUCCUACAGGCUUUUUGCAAUAAUUUUUAUUACCAUUAAAUGAAUAUUUCAUAGUUAAUGAAGAUAAAAAUGAUAAAUGAAGUAGUUUUUAUGUGAAAUAUCAAUCUGAUUGUAGUUUUUUUCUCAGCUAAAUGAGUAGGUUACCCCAGGACUCUGAUCGAUAUUAUUUGUGUGAAUUUUCUACAUUUUAUUUUGUUUUUAAUAAAAAUGAUACUGUUGUAUAA